GUCGAUCAUGAGAACUAUCCCUUACAUUCCAAAAGUUGCGACAAUGGCCCAUAAAAUCGUGGCUUUCUCAUGUAACUUAGCUUUAGUUAUGUAUGCACGUGAAUCUACUAUCCUGGUGAGCUGUCAUAGUUCCUCGAGAGCUGGCUGCGACCACUCGUCCUAAGUGGUGACAUGCUGAGGCACCGGGCCUUCGUCUUACUUACUCUCUUCAAUUUGGCCAUUCAAAUAUCUGCAGAACAAACAAUAUACUCCGAUGGCUGGAUCCCGAUGUCACAUAAUGAUAUUUAUGAGCAAAUAAGAAGAGGAACAAUAACAACUACUCAAUAUCCUGUUUACCUCAGUACGAAGACAUUGGAUGAUUUUGAUAAUAAUCUGAAUGUUGAACAAAGGUCAAUAAAGCAGAAAGCAAAUGAUGUAUUUAAAGACAUUUCAGCAAUGUCCAAGGAACCUGAACCAACUAACAUUAAAAUAGACAAAUUCGAUCAAACUACAGUUUACACUAAAGAAAAUAUAAGGAAAGCUAAGAAGGUAUGGGAUCCCAAUAUUGAUACUAGAUUCGACAAUGUUUUGGCUUUGCCAGAAGUCGAUUCCAAGCCCGAUGUGUCAACUGAGAAAACCUUCGAUGUUAUAACAGCUGCAACAUAUACUUACGAAGUGACUGAGCGUGUUGAUACAUCGCCUGCCGAAGAUAGUUACACAACAGAAAGUGCCGGGUACCAAUAUAAUCCGCCCACUGACGAAAACCAAAAUCUAACGUCUACAUUCUACAGAAUCCUGUCCAAAUACAAUAUCAAAACAGAGGAUAAACUGCCAAACUAUGAAUUAUCACUGCAGCGUAAAGUUCAAAUUCCCACACGAGACACAAAUAGAGUGCUUAUACCGUAUAGAUAUAACAGUUUAAAUCAUUUGCCUGCAGACCCAUUGCUCGCCGUUUUCCUAUCAAACUAUGGGUUCUAUUUGCCAAGUUUGUAUGGGAUCAAAGCUAAUUACAAUAAUUUGUACGGUUAUUUGACCUCUAAUAACAUUCAUAAUAACAAACCCUUCGGUUUGUAUAAAGUUUUCUCUGAUACUGAUUCAUGGAAUUAGUAGUUCAUCAGUUCAUGUUGUUCUUUGGUAAUUAUAAUUUAUUUGUUUUGUUGAUGCUAAAAUUAGUUUUGAAGUGUUUGUUUAACAAACUUAUAUUUAUUUAUAACUCUCGUAUUUGUGUUCGUGGACUAUAUUAUUAUGUUGCGAAAAAUCAUUGUUCAAAUUAAGUGCUUAGACUUUCCCAGACUGUACAUUGGUGGUUGCAAAUUACCUACAAUUCUAUUCCAAAAUGACAAAACGUACUGUUUAUAUUUUUUUAUCUUUCUAUAUCAGAACUUUCAGUAGCAGCCCGAAGCAUAGAUAACUCGUUUUAUUGGUUAAAUGGGAUUAAAAACAUAACCGACAAAAGGGGGGUAACCUGUCCCACAUCGGAGGCAAACAGACAGGAACUUAUUAUAUUGCCGACCUCAUUUCUGAUGUUGAAUCACUGUUCCAAUAUUAUCUGUUCUUAUACAGAACAUAAACAAUAUUUACAUUAUCGAGGUUAUGAAUAUCUGGUGUGAGCAUAAUUUAAUAAAAAGUAUUUAAUAGGCAAACUUACCGUAACAACUUUUAAUCAGCGAAGAUAACUAACCUAACAUAAAGCCUUUAAAAUCCUUCACCAUUACAGAAUAACAAAAAAUUGGCAAAAGGACAUUUUUAAAAAAGCAAUCCGAGUACCGCAUCCACUGCAUAAAGCGCGUCCAGUCAACAAUGGACGUUAUGUGUGAUAUCUUAAGAUUGUAAUUAGAUCGGGCUCGGUUAAAUAGAGGCUGGGCGCUUGGAGUAGUUCCAACAGCCACAGGCGUGACAGUUUCAUAGCGCGCUGUGAGAAGUUGCCUUUGUACAGGAGCCAGUUUGCACCACUUUUUAUAAUGCUUUUUACUCGUUAAACGUCCCGGAUUUUGUUUCUGAGACUUUAAAUCUUGUUAAUUUUGGAUUGUUUGUAAACUUUACUCAGCCAUAUUAAAGUUUAGCAAAUUAUAGGACACUUUUGUACGCUGCUGCAGUUAUUACGUGUUCUGUUGUUAGCACCGAGACUUGAAUUGUAAUUACCUCCUUUGUCAUGUAAAUGUACGUACAAUUCGACACAAAUUGUAAAAUAACACUGAAACCUAUUCAAUUUGCGGCUAGCUCGCAAUUGUGUUUUUUGUCUACAAUAUUGUUGUGUUUGCAUUUGUUGUAAUAAUACUGUGUAAAAUAUUUCGACAUUACAAUAUUUCGUUUUUAUUUGAAGUAAGCAAUUUAGGUUAGAAUACAUCUCAUCAAGACAUCACUUCAAACUUAAUGUUGGAGUUGACGAGGGGCGCGGGGCACGGGGGUCGCGGGGGGGGGGGGGGCAUGCUAUGUCAAGGCGUCGAUCGGUUCGCAAUCAGGCGGCACAUUCUUAUAAACAUAUUUUCCGCAUGGAGGCCUCCAAUGAAGGAAACUUAAUAGAAUUGAUCGUAGAAAUUUAUUCCGUGAUUUAGUUUAUGUCUCACGACGUACUUCGUUUAAUAAACAUGUCUUGAUGUUUUAGUAUUGUAAUAAAUUAACCAACGGGAACACGUUUAUGGUUCAAUUAAACCACUUCAUUCAUUGCGUGUAAUGGUUAUGUUAACGUUCUAAUACAAAACCAAUUUUCGUAUUCAUAAGUCGUAAUACAGACAUGUUGGCACCUAGCUCGCCGGCUUUCAUUUAAAAAUUGAGCUAUAAAAACUGUGACUGCAUUUCAAGAAAAUCGUAUUGGAUAUUUUAGAACUUGUUCGUGAUUUAGCAAUGCAGUGUUAUACGAAAUGCUAGUAGCUUUAUUUCGAAGGAUUUCUGUGCGGAAUGUAUUGUUGGAGAGGCGCACAGUUGUGUCCAAUGUCCAUGUCCGGGGAGUAACUCAGUACUUGUGAAUAUUGUGCCACGCAAACAGCGCAGCGCUGGAAUCACUCCAAGCCAAUAAAAUGGUGGCCGUGCUCAAUUUGUUACUUCAUACGAGAAUACGAGAACUGCACACUUUUAAUAUAGUUCGCAUGCGUGCAUUCUUUGUUUGCAAAGUUUAUGCGAAAUACAGGAUAACGGGUCCAUAGAAAGCAAUGUUGUUUUCGAAUGGAACUACGUUUCAGCGGA